UUGAAGACCGUGUGAACAUGUCGCUGUAUUACUGGCUCAUUGUGGUAACCGCUUUGCCCUGCGGAUAUUUUGCACAAACAUUGAAACAGACUGUCCCAUCUAUUACCAAAAAUGUGGGUAAAAUCGCUCAAUUCAAAUGCGAAGUCGAAGGAAUAACCGUCAGUGACAAUUACCCCCUUCACUGGUACCAGCAAAAACCCGGUCAGGCACCCACCCGAAUCCUUUAUUAUGGAUCAGGCACAACGCGGGAUCCGGGAUUUGGUGAUCGGUUCAAAGCUUGGAAUUUUAACAAAAACGGAUUCUCCCUCAGAAUCGAAAAAUUACAGAAAGAGGACACGGCCACCUAUUACUGUGCGUACUGGUUAUAUACACACUGCGCGGCAUCAGCACAAUAUGGGCGUUUGGGUGAAUGUUUCUCACAGACACCGAUGUCAUAUGUGAGCAAGCUCGGUAGAAGUGUCAGAUUUAAGUGUACCCUAGACAGCGGGAGCACUGUAGUCCAUUGGUACCAGCACCGAGAGGGUCAGGCGCCCUCCAGAAUAUUUUAUUAUGACGGCAAGGUCAAUCCGGAUGGGGGAUUCGGCAGCAGGUUUAAAGCGGAUAAGCAGAACACUGUGUGCACUUUGAUAAUCAAUGAUAUCGUGAAGGAAGAUGCUGCCACUUAUUACUGCGCCUAUUGGGAUAGCACAGUGUUCAACAGAGACAGAAAUGCUUGA